UGUAAUGCCACGCGUGAUUGCUAAGGAGGACUCUUCAGCCGGGGCCGUGCCGCACACCACGGUGAUUGGGGGGAUCGUUAGCUUCAUUGGAGCUAAAAAUAAGCUGGAAAUUCUGGAAGAAAGGCUGAGAGCCAUAAAAGGAGUCGAAAGCUAUGGAUUUGGCGACGUCGCAAGAUUGAGCUUGGUUCCCGGCAUAAAAAUACCACACAAGUUUAAGGCGCCAGAGUUUGAGAAGUACAAGGGUAAUACAUGCCCUAAGAGCCAUUUGACCAUGUACUGCAGAAAGAUGGCUGCGUACGCUUACGAUGACAAGCUACUCAUCCACUUUUUCCAAGACAGUUUGGCUGGGGUAGCAUUAAACUGGUACACCCACCUUGAGUCGUCUCGAAUCCGUUGCUAGGCAGACUUGACAGACGCCUUUGUAAAGCAGUAUAUAUACAACACGCAUAUCGCACCGGACCGACUGCGGCUGCAAAAUAUGUCAAAGAGGGACAACAAAACUUUCAAGGAAUAUGCCCAACGGUGGAGAGAGUUAGCUGCACAAGUUGAGCCGCCUUUGUAUGACAGGGAGGUGGUGGCAAUGUUUGUGAACACUCUCCAGCCUCCAUUUUACGAGCACAUGGUCGGGAAUGUGUCUGCCAAUAUCGCCUAUAUCAUUAUAAUAGGCGAAAGGAUAGAAAUUGGGGUUAAAAAUGGGAAAAUUGCAAACGGUCCGCCCGCAACUGCAAAUUACAAAAAACCCAAUUUCAAUUCAGGAAAGAAGAAGGAAGGGGAUGUGCAUGCAGCAUCGACGAUGUCUGUGUUGAGAGGUCAAGCUCCCACUCAUAGUUUUCGACCAUACAUGGGUCAACCCCCUUAUGCGGCUAACGCGGCGUUUGCUCAUCAAACCAGGCCUCAACAACAACAAGGGUAUUAUCAAUCGUCGUUGCCCCCGACUGAUACUUGGAGGGCUGGGGCAAUUGCGGGUCCAAAUCAGAAUGCGGGCCAAAACACUUACCCAAGAAGGAACCAAUUUGUUAAUUUCACCCCUAUCCCUACAACUUACGCAGAAUUCUUACCCCAUCUCGUCAAAAGGGGUUUGGUUGCUAUCUGUCCGAUGAAGCCUAUGCAACCUCCGUACCCUAGGGGUUAUGAUGUAGAGGCCAAAUGUGGUUAUCAUGGGGGAGGCGUUGGUCACUCAACUAAGAGGUGUCUGGCUUUUAAACACAAAGUACAGGCUCUAAUCGACUCUGGGUGGUUAAAGUUUCAAGAAGAUAAACCUAGCAUCGAGACUAACCCGCUUUCUGGGCAUGGGAGUGCCUCGACGAAUGCCAUCGAGGAUGGAAAACAUGAGUUCAUAAGGGAUGCGAGUAAAAUCCGAAGUUCCAGAAAGUUUAUUUUUAAGGCGUUGAUAAAAGUGGGCCUUUUAAAAGGUGAUUAUGACGAGGAUGUAACGUGUGCGCUUCAUCCGAAUGAUGCGCACUCUAUUGAGGAAUGUGUUGAAUUUGAAGAUAUUCUGCAAGACUUGCUGGAUAGAAGUUUGAUGCAAGUAUGCUACAAGGAUAAGGAGGGGGAAGUGUUCACACAAAUUGGUGGGGAAUCUAACGUAACUCUGCCUGAGCCGUUGGUGAUCCAUUUCACUAGAACCACCCCUGCGCCAGUGGCUGAAGAAAAGCCGUCUGUCGUCAUCCGGGCGCCGUCUCCCUUUCCUUACAAAAACGAGAAGGUUUUCCCUUGGAUGUAUGGAGCACAUGUGUUAGAUGAGGGAAAAGGCGCAGAUUCGGCCAUUGAAAACAUAACAAGCAUAGGUGGGAUGACGAGAAGUGGUCGAAUCUUCGCGUCACCAAUGGUGACAAGAGAGGAAACCAAUAAUAAUGAAACAACAAUGGUCGCAAAAGCCAAGGAGGUCUUAAAAGGAAAGGGCGCGCAGAGUGAGUAUAAGGUGGUGGAACAGCUGAACCGCAUGCCUGCUCGGAUUUCCUUGUUAGAAUUGCUUAUGCAUUCUACCUCUCACAGAAAGUUGUUGAUGAAGGUACUCAGUGAGGCUCAUGUUGAGCAAGGUAUUUCGUUGAACAAGUUUGAGGGCAUUGUUGGCAACAUUAUCGCUAAUAACUACCUCACCUUUACUGAUAAGGAGAUACCCACUGAGGGGAGAGGGCAUAACAAGGCUCUUCAUGUCUCUGUGAAAUGUUUGGAUCAUGUUAUAACACGUGUCUUGGUGGACAGUAGCUCCUCUCUGAACGUCAUGCCAAAAUCGACAUUGGAGAAGCUACCCUGUGAUGAAAUGCAUAUGAAGCCAAGCUCUAUGAUUGUGAGAGCGUUUGACGACAGUAAGAGGGUAGUGAUGGGAGAAGUUGAAUUGCUAGUCCAAGUCGGUCCUUGUGUCUUUCAAGUGACAUUCCAAGUUAUGGAUAUCCUCCUGGCUUAUAGCUGUUUGUUGGGUCGCCCGAGGAUCCAUUCUGCAGGAGUUGUGCCUUCCACACUACACCAAAAGCUGAAAUAUGUCAUGGGAGAUAAGUUGGUGAUAGUAUCAGGAGAGGAGGACCUCCUUGUGAGCGGACCAUCGUCCACGCGAUAUAUUGAGGUGGCUGAGGAAGCUCUUGAAACAACUUUCCAGUCAUUGGAGAUUGUGGGAAAUGCCUAUGUGGAGCCAUUCCCAGUAAACCCGCAUUUGUCACGUGCUUCUAUCAUCAUGGCCAAGGUCUUGCUGAAAGAAGGGUAUAUGCCUGGUAGAGGUUUAGGCAAGCAUGGGCAGGGGCAAACUUUCCCUCUAAAGGUCGUUGAGAAUAGAAACAGAUAUGGCCUAGGGUACAAGCCCACCAAAGAGGACAAGAGAAGACUGAUGGAAGAAAGGAGAGAGCGCGGUCUGGCUCGUGUAGAAAGGCGAGAACCCAGGGUGGAAAGGAUUCAUAUUCGUGACAUCAAGGAGAGCUUUCGUAGUGCUGGAUGGAUCAACGCGGGCCAUAUAGCAGCCGUGGAGGAUGAAGAUAGCUCUGAAUGCUCAAGUUUCGUGCGGGCCUGCUCCCCAGAUGCACCACUCAACAAUUGGGAAACUCUGAAUUUACCAGUGAUGCUUAAUUUGAAUAAAACAUAUGACAAUGAAAGUUUUGAAAAUAACAAUGUCGAUAUUCCUAAUUUUGAGCACCCUGUCAAUAAUACGGAAGAUGAAUGUGAAGAUGAUCCGGAACCCUCUCCAGAACUCUUGAGAUUAGUGGAAAAAGAGUCUAAAGAGAUAAAACCCCAUCAGGAAGAGAUUGAAGUACUCAACUUAGGAGAGGAAGAGGAGAUAAAGGAAGUAAAAAUCAGUAUUGGCAUGAAAAAGGAAGUGAAGGAAGGGUUGCGAGCCCUAUUGAAGGAGUUUAAGGAUGUGUUUGCGUCUUACAAUGACAUGCCAGGUUUGGAUACCGAUAUUGUGCAACACAAGCUCCCACUUAAACCGGAAUACCUUCCAGUCAAGCAAAAACUAAGAAGAAUGAAACCAAAAAUGUCAUUGAAAAUAAAGGAAGAGGUACAGAAACAAUUCGACGCAGGAUUUCUGGCUGUGGCGAGAUACCCACAAUGGGUAGCAAAUAUUGUACCAGUGCCUAAGAAAGAUGGUAAAGUUCGAAUGUGUGUUGACUAUCGGGAUUUGAAUCGUGCAAGUCUGAAGGAUAACUUCCCCGUUACGCACAUCGACACUUUGGUUGAUAAUACGGCCAAGUACUCGCUAUUUUCAUUCAUGGAUGGUUUCUCGGGGUAUAAUCAGAUUAAGAUGGCGCCUGAGGACAUGGAAAAGACGACCUUCAUCACGUUGUGGGGGACUUUUUGUUAUAAGGUGAUGUCUUUUGGACUCAAGAAUGCCGGGGCAACAUAUCAAAGGGCGAUGGUGACACUUUUUCAUGAUAUGAUGCACAAGGAGAUCGAAGUUUAUGUGGAUGACAUGAUUGCAAAGUCUGAAUCGGAAGAAGAACACAUCCUCAACUUGAAGAAAUUAUUUGAGAGAUUGAGAAAGUAUAAACUCAGGUUAAACCCCGCCAAAUGCACAUUUGGAGUGAAAUCCGGGAAGUUGUUGGGUUUUGUGGUUAGCCAAAGGGGGAUAGAAAUGGAUCCUGACAAAGUGCGAGCGAUAUCGGAAAUGCCUACGCCUAGAACGAAAAAGGAGGUUCGCGAUUUUCUGGGUAGAUUGAACUACAUUGCUAGAUUCAUCUCCCAAUUAACCGCUACCUCUGAACCAAUGUUCAAGUUGUUACGAAAGAAUCAGGUUGUGGUUUGGAACGAGGAUUGUCAAGCCGCUUUUGAAAAUAUCAAACAAUACCUGCUAGACCCACCUGUAUUGCGUCCACCCGAGCCAGGAAGACCACUCAUUUUGUAUUUAACUGUAUUGGAAAGGUCAAUUGGUUGCGUAUUGGGUCAACAUGAUGAAGCUGGAAAAAGAGAGCAUGCAAUAUAUUACUUGAGCAAGAAAUUCACAGACUGUGAACAACGAUAUUCGUUGUUAGAGCGAACUUGUUGUGCAUUAGCAUGGGCUGCUCAUCGCUUAAGGCAAUACAUGUUGAGUCACUCUACUUGGUUGAUAGCCAAGAUGGAUCCGAUCAAGUUUAUUUUUGAAAAGCCUGCUCUCACUGGAAGGAUAGCUCGGUGGCAGAUGCUAUUGUCAGAAUAUGACAUCGUAUAUGUUACUCAGAAAUCCGUCAAGGGUAGUGCUCUAGCAGAAUACCUGGCUCAUCAACCCAUUAGCGAUUAUCAACCAAUGCAACCUGAAUUUCCCGAUGAAGACAUCAUGGCUAUACUCGAAGAGAACGAAGAAGAUCGAGACGAAAAAGCAUGGACGGUAUUAUUCGACGGAGCCUCGAAUGUGAUGGGACAUGGAAUAGGGGCAGUGCUUGUUUCUCCAGGGAAGCAGUACAUACCAAUGACAACAAGGUUGUGUUUUAAUUGUACGAAUAACAUCGCAGAAUAUGAGGCUUGUGCUAUGGGUAUUCGAGCGGCGAUCGAGUCCAAGGCAAGAGUUCUAGAUGUAUACGGAGAUUCAGCUUUGGAGGCUUAUAUCAGGGAGACUAGGGUUACAAAAUUAAUUCCCUACCAGGCUUAUAUCAGGGGAUUAAUGGAGUAUUUCGAUUCCAUCACAUUUAACCACAUACCGCGAGAAGAAAAUCAAUUGGCAGACGCGUUGGCGACCUUGUCAUCAAUGUUUGAAGUUGACCAAGAUGCAAAAUUACCAAUGAUUAAAAUGAAGAGUCAUGUAGAGCCAGCAUAUUUCCAUUUCAUCGAGGAGGAAUUAGACGGUAAACCUUGGUAUUUUGAUAUCAAGCAUUAUCUUAAGACCCGAGAAUACCUUGAGAAAGCAUCUGAAAACGAUAAAAGGUCGCUAAGGAGAUUGGCUGGCAAUUUUAUCUUGAGUAGGGAUAUUUUAUACAAGAGAAAUCACAACAUGGUCCUCCUCAGAUGCGUGGAUGCAAAGGAGGCCGAGUUGAUAUUGAAAGAAGUGCACGAGGGUACCUUUGGCACGCACAUGAAUGGGCACUCGAUGGCCAGGAAGAUAUUGAGAGCUGGUUAUUUUUGGCUGACCAUGGAAAGUGAUUGUUGCACACAUGUGAGAAAGUGUGAGAAAUGUUAGAAGUAUGCAGAUAAUAUCAAUGUGCCACCUACGACUCUAAGCGUGUUGUCUGCACCGUGGCCAUUUUUGAUGUGGGGGAUAGAUGUCAUUGGAGCUAUAGAGCCGAAGGCGUCAAAUGAACAUCGUUUCAUACUAGUCGCAAUCGAUUACUUCACCAAAUGGGUGGAGGCUACUUCUUACGCCAACGUAACUAGAAAGGUGGUGACCAGAUUCAUAAAAAGGGAGUUGAUCUGUAGAUACGGGCUCCCUAACAGAAUCAUCACUGAUAAUGCCACUAACUUGAACAAUCAGAUGAUGGUGGUGUUGUGUGAGGAAUUCAAGAUUCAUCAUCAUAAUUCUUCUCCUUACCAUCCAAAGAUGAAUGGGGCGGUAGAGGCUGCCAGUAAGAAUAUUAAGAAAAUUGUGCAAAAGAUGGUGGUCACCUAUAAAGAUUGGCACGAAAUGCUUCCUUUUGCUCUACAUGGAUAUCGCACAUCGGUACGAACAUCAACCGGCGCAAUACCUUUCUCGCUUGUGUAUGGGAUUGAAGCAGUACUUCCAUUUGAGGUGGAAAUUUCGUCCUUACGAGUGUUAAUGGAAACCCAACUAAAGGAGGCUGAGUGGGUUCAAGUUCGAUUUGAUCAGCUCAAUCUUAUUGAAGAAAAAAGGUUAACAACAGUGUGUCAUGGGCAAUUGUACCAAAGAAGAAUGAAAAAUGCAUUUGACAAAAGGGUGCAUCCAAGAGAGUUCCACGAAGGCGAGCUGGUGUUGAAGAAGAUCUUGCCUGUACAAAAGGAUCAUAGAGGCAAGUGGACCCCGAAAUAUGAAGGGCCAUUCGUAGUGAAGAAAGCAUUCUCUGGUGCGGCACUAAUUCUCACAAGGAUGGAUGGAGAGGAGUUACCGUUACCGGUUAAUUCGGAUGCGGUCAAAAAGUUUUACACAUGAUGAUUCCGUGAUGGGGGAAUGCUGUU